CCUCGAUUGAUUCUCCAAGAUGGCGGUUCCCAAGUAUGCCGGCAUGUCCGGCCGGCGCCUCUCCCUGUUUCUGUCCACCAUCGCGACGAUGGGCUUCUUGCUGUUCGGAUACGAUCAGGGAGUGAUGUCUGGUAUCAUCUCCGACACGGCGUUCAACAACAUGUUCACGGCCACCAAGGGCAACGACGUGAUGCAGGCUACGGUUACGGCCGUCUAUGAAGUUGGCUGCCUGAUCGGCGCCGUCUUCGCCUUGAUCUUCGGUGAAACGCUGGGCCGUCGGCUCAUGGUCAUCUGCGGUGCCUCCGUGAUGAUCAUCGGCGUGAUCAUCCAGGUGACUGCCAUGCCCAACUCGCUGCCUUUGUUGCAAUUCAUCUUCGGCCGAGUGAUCACUGGUAUCGGCAACGGCAUGAACACGUCCACCAUCCCGACCUACCAAGCCGAGUGUUCCAAGACGAGCAACCGAGGCCUUCUGAUUUGCAUUGAAGGUGGUAUCAUCGCCAUUGGAACGGCGAUCGCCUACUGGAUCGACUUCGGGGCUCACUACGGCCCGCCUGACCUGGUGUGGCGGUUCCCGAUCGCCUUCCAGAUCUUCUUCGGCGUCAUCAUCAUCAUCGGCAUGUUUUACCUGCCGGAGUCCCCCCGCUACCUGAUUGCCCACGGCAAGGUCGAGGAGGGCACCCGGGUGCUGGCGGCCCUGGCCGACACGGAGAUCGACCACCCUCAUGUGCAGCUGGAGAAGAACCUGACCCUGGACUCGAUCCGAGCAUCCGGAUCCUCCGAAACCCGCUUCCGCGACCUGCUGACGGGCGGUCCGUCCCAGCACUUCCGUCGCAUGUUGGUGGGGUCGUCCUCCCAGUUCUUCCAGCAGAUCUCGGGCUGCAAUGCCGUCAUCUACUACCUGCCCGUGCUGCUGGAGCAGUCGCUGGGCGAGUCGCACAACUUUGCCCUCUUGAUUGGCGGCGUUAACAUGAUCUGCUACGCCAUCUUCGCCACCUUCUCCUGGUUCUUCAUCGAAAAGAUCGGUCGUCGCAAGCUGUUCCUCGGCGGCAGUAUCGGUCAGUGCGCGGCCAUGGUGAUUGUGUUCGGAUGCUUGAUUCCCGGUGAUUCCGAGACCGCCAAGGGAGCCAUCUUCGGUUUCUUCUUGUACAUGUGCGUCUUCGGAGCCACCUGGCUGCCCCUGCCCUGGCUGUACCCGGCCGAGAUCUCUCCCCUCAAGACCCGGUCCAAGGCGAACGCAGUCUCGACUUGCAGCAACUGGCUGUUCAACUUCACGGUCGUGAUGAUCACCCCCGUCAUGGUGGACAGCAUCGGCUGGGGCACGUACCUAUUCUUCGCUGCGUGGAACGGCGUCUUCGUCCCCGUCAUCUGGUUUUUCUACCCGGAGACCGCGGGCCGCAGUCUGGAGGAGAUCGACCUGAUCUUCGCCAAGGGCUACGUGGAGAAGAUGAGCUACGUGCGCGCGUCCAAGGAGCUGCCCCGGCUCACGGACGACGAGAUCGAGGCCAAGGCCGCCGAGUACGGCAUCCUCAACAGCGACGAGGAGAAGGCCGGUGGUCAGAUCGGCGAGAAGGAACCCCCUCAGUCGGAUGAGUUCACGCAGUACCACCCCCCUGCCCAGCAGUGAGGGCAUCCAAAAGUUGCGGCCUCUUGACACUUUGUUUUGUUGGGGGCGAUUCUUUUGCGUAUGACGAUAUGUUUUUUCUCCACAUGAGUUUUAUACCUAUACCUACUUAUACCAUUUUGUGUUUUAUUCCUCCUUUCUAUUUCUGUUUGUUGCACACACACACAUGUGAGUGGCAUUGUGAUGAGUGAGUGGGAGAGUGAGAAUGAGUGUCGUGCCUGUUGCUGGACAACCAAGCGUGCGCGAUCAUUGGCGGGCUGCGGUUAUUUAGACGAUUUCUCUUGACUUCUUGACAAUCCUAAGAGAAAUCUGCUUGUUCAUAGAUUCGCAUGUGGUUGUGGAGCAACCCACCCAUUAGAGCGUGUUUAGCUGGUCGCCCUCAAAAGGCAUGGCCGUAUGUGAUGUGAUGCGAUGUGUCCAGAUAGAGUGAUGAAUGAAUAGAUCUGCAUUUUUUUU